AACCAACCAUAUUCUGUAAUGAAUUAUCGGUAAAUUUCAAAAUCUGCAUGACUUAUAGUGCAGUCAUAUUCCGUUCAUUUUUUGAAGUGUCCCAAAUAUUUUCCUGGAUUGUUUGCAAGGUUUUAUCAAUUCAUUCUUCGGAUAUAUUCUUUUCUUUCAAUAUUUUUCUUAUGGACCUUGCCCAUGAUGUAAUUCCACAAAAAAAGUUGCACAAAUUCAAAUAAGAUGGAGCUCCAGUUCCGGAGGAUACAGUUGAACACGAGGAUUCUGUAGCAUCAGCAUCUGAAAUAGCGGAAGAAUAUGAAGACACCGACGAUUCAGACAUGUACAUGGAACCAGAAGUUGACGAAACUCAUCACGAGGACAAAGCAGAUGAAGAAUCUCCAAAAAAUACAACCGAACAAAUACCAACGGAAUCACACGAAAUCAUGGAUGACACUGUCAACAUCACUACCGAAAAAUCCGUUUCCAAAGAUCAAGAAGCAGAAAAUACCAAAGAGAUCGAUCAAAGUCAAGAUUCGGAAGAUAAGAGCUUAGAAACUGACAGUCAAAACUUCUUCCCAUCAUUUGCGGAAUUGUUCGCCAAUCACAGACUUCCUUUCACGGAACAACAGAGAUACAGACCGAACAGGUUCCUAGGAUACUUCCAACGUGAUCGCAGCGGUUAUCAAACGGCAGCAGCGACAUCCAAAGACACCCAUCAUCCAAUUUUGGGAUCAGGCAAUUUUGGUGUCAUUCGAGGUGGCACUUACUACCCUGAAGAUAAGGAUGCUGACGAGUAUUCGACUGACGAUAGUCUUUACAAUCCUUACUAUCAUGGCGGAAAUCGAGGCCGAAGUAACUACUUCAGAAACCCGAAACCACAACCGAUUCGUGGCGGUGACUUUUUCGCAAACUUCCGAGACUUCGCUGACAUUACGGCACCACCGAAAUCGAGUUUUUCGCAUCUGUCCGUGGUUUAUGCCAACAAAAAUGGAAGUGCCACUGGUCGCAUCACCGAGCCGCGAAACAUUAUUGAAACUUUAAGGAUGUUGGAAGAAGAAGAACAAACAACGAUGGAGGCAGUCGCUACAACGGAAGUGCCAAGGAAGAAGCAGAGCAAAGGCAAGAGGAAGCUGAUGAAGAUGAAGCAAUACGAAGAAGAUAAAGCGAGGAGGUCUCGUAUAACGGUAGAGCCUUUGUUAGCACUUAGUUGAACGUAUGGUAGAAUUUGAGUUGUACGGAUGUGCGAACGCGAACCUCGGGACCUUUCCCAAACACAAAAUCUGGCUGCGAGAUUGGAAUCGAAGUCUGAAAAGUGUGGUUACUGCCUUUCAGGAGCUUGUGCCAAAAAAUGAAAGGAAUAGUUAAAAAAAGGACGUUCGAAUUUUCUUCUCUUACUUCGGUUUUGAAAGUUUAACGUUUACGGUGCCGAAGAUACCAACGUAAAACUUGUAGUAUUUGUAUUCUUUGGUGAAUUAGGUGACAACUAAUAACUGUUGUUGAGAGAAAAUAUGUGGCAUUUGAAAAAGUUGAA